CACACAAAAAGAAGUGAUUUAUGAGUGCUUAAAAAUAGUAAAUGAAAAUAAAUGCGUUUAAAAGAGAAAUUAAAACGCCCAACGAUGAAUAUUGUAAAAUUUAUGGCGGUACAAGUGGAGGAUGGCGCUAUUAAUGCGCCGUUUAUUCAUUGAUGCACAGGCAAAGCUACGCAGAAUGGUCGAAGAAAAUUCCAUGAAUUUAACAACUCGGAUUGAUUCGGAAUGUUCCGCUGCUAGUAUGCCUUCUAGUGAUCAAGCUGCAACUCCUGCUACAAUUGCAUACGCACCCUCGUCAUCGAAUGACUCAUCGGACAUAGCGUCUGUAGUGAAUUCAACAAACAAUACGCAAUCACCUCAAGCUCGACAACAACAACAAAAACAACUCGACGAUACAGAACAGCAACAACGUAACAUAACAGAUGAUAGUGUUAAAACAACAAAUACGACUACAUCAAAUUUAAUAGUAAAUGAUAAAACAAGUGAUUUAACAAAAAAUUUAUUAAAUAAUACAAGUUAUAGCAAUAGUAGGCCUAAUUUAAUUGAUGGUAAAAAAUUUAAAGAUAAAUUGAGUUAUUCAUUUGAUUCAUCAAAUGAAAAUACCGAUAUCGAUAAACCAUUAAAAACGGCAUGUGAUUUUAAAACGUUUAAAUCUAGUUCAGUGGAUAGUAGUGCAAGUGCUAACAGCGCUCAUGGUGGUGGCUUAAAUAAUAAUACAAUUAUUAAUGGCGACCUUAAAAAUAAUUUAGUGAAUAAUACAAAUAGUGAAACAAUUGAUGUGAAAAUGACGUGUCCGGAAUCGGAACAAAAUAAUUGUACGGCAACCGUAGCACCAGAGAAUAAAGAUGUUACUAGAAAUAAUAGUGGUAAACAAAUAACACCGGAAUCACCGCAACCAGGAUGUAGUAGUACAUCCAACAAUCAACAGCAACAGCAAUUAGAAUUAACAUCGAUGUUUUUGUCGUCAUCGUCUUCGUCAAGUAAAUCUAAAUCCAUUGAUACAUCAUCUAGUUUAUUGUCAUCUUUUGCAUCAAAAGGAUCAAAUUUGUCAAAUAAUAAUGGAACAGUAUCAGCGGCUGCAGCAAGACGUUUACGAUUAGAAAAUGAACGACUACAAGCAGAAAUAACUCGACUUCGACGACUUGUUGUGUCGGGUGUGAGUAAACAUGAAGUUAGCGUUACAGAUGGUAACACAGAAAAUGAAGAUUCGCCUGGAAGAUUACAACCAUUAGAAAUUGAACUUCAGUUAGCUAGAGAAGCGAUUGCAACAUUGAAAACAGAUCGCAAACGACUAAAAGCAGAGAAAUUUGAUUUAUUAAAUCAAAUGAAACAACUGUAUGCAACAUUAGAAGAUAAAGAAAAAGAACUUAGAGAUUUUAUUAGAAAUUAUGAGCAGCGGAUGAGGGAUAGUGAAACAUCUUUACAACAAUUAAACAAUGAACGUGAAGAACGUGAAAGAGAACGUUGGAGUUUGUUGCGACAUGCACGAGAUGAAGCAGAACGAAGUCUGUCACUUGCAGCACAAUUAAAUGCAAAAGAACUUCAAUUACAACAAGCUCAAGAACAAUUACAAGAGGCACGUCGUCAAUUAGCGGCUAGUGGUUGUUUAUCAGAUCAAGAGAGUUUACCAUCACUACCACGACAUAGUAUAAAUGGUGGUUCAUUAACACCAGGAUCAGGUGGCUUAUUAUCAAGUGGACAACAUGGUCUUGGUUUUGGAUCAUUAGCCGGCGAUCGUGGUAGUUGUAGCGCUGAUUCUGGGGUUCGUGUUAGCUCUGAUAGAGAAAGUGGCGGUGCAACUUCAGCUGGUGGAAAUUUAUCAGAUUCAACUACAGAUGGUACGCCGACCAUUACUGUAGAAGGAACUAACAUAGAUGUAGACACCAUUUCGGUGGUUUCUUCUAUCGCACCACAUAUGUAUCAAUUAGCAACACCUAAAGACUGCAGCCCAACUUUGAGCCCGUUAAACGCAAACGCAUUUACAAGAUCCAUGGAUUCUGGUGUUUUAUCAAGAUCUGUGGAACAACUUAGUUCACCUUUGGAUAUUGAACCGACAUCAGGAGCGGGUAGAAGAAUGAAAGUACCACAUAGUAGACCUGGUAGUGGUUCACGUGGAGGAACAUGGGGCAGUAUAUCAAGAGUGUUUGCCAGGUCACGUCAUCGGAAUAAACUUAGUAAUUCAACACCGGAAAACGAAUUGGCAUUUGAUCCAUAUCGCAGUUGGUCUCCAUUAACAGAAGAAGGCUAUGCAGAGAAAUUAAGGUUACUCCGAGAAGCUGCUUCAAUACCAAUGGAACGAUGGCGUGCACCAACAGUAUUGGCAUGGAUUGAAAUUGCAUUGGGUAUGCCACAAUAUGGCGCAAGAUGUGCCGAAAAUGUUAAAAGUGGCAAGAUACGUGGUUUACAUGGUCAGGUACUUUUGGAGUUGUCUGAUUUGGAAUUGGAAUGCGGUUUGGGUAUCACACAUCCAAUGCACAGAAAAAAGUUACGAUUAGCAAUUGAAGAGCAUCGAAAUCCAAACUUGGUACGAUAUCCUUGUAUUUCACAAUUGGGGCAUACGUGGGUUUCAAGUGAAUGGUUACCCGAUCUUGGUCUUGCACAGUAUGCUGAAAAUUUUGCAACAAAUAUGGUAGAUGCUAGAAUGUUAGAUCAAUUAAGUAAAAAAGAGUUAGAAAAAUUUUUAGGUGUAACAAGAAAAUUCCAUCAAGCGUCAAUAGUACAUGGAAUUCAUUUAUUACGUAUUAUGAAAUAUGAUCGUCAAGCAUUAGCGGUUAGACGUCAUCAAUGUGAAUCUGUGGAUGCAGAUCCAUUAGUAUGGACAAACCAAAGAUUUAUUCGAUGGGCUCGAAAUAUAGACUUAGGAGAGUACUCGGAAAACUUAAAAGAUAGUGGAGUCCAUGGUGGUUUAGUGGUACUGGAACCGUCAUUUAAUGGUGAUACAAUGGCAACCGCUUUAGGAAUACCACCUAGUAAAAAUAUGAUUCGGAGGCAUUUGAUAGCAGAACUAGAAGCAUUAAUUUUACCAGCACGAUCCACCUUAGAGCACUUUAUACGUGUACGAAGUGCUGGAGCCUCAAAACAACAACGUGUACCAGGUGGCUCUUUAGGAAGAUCUUUUUCACGAUCAUGCGGUGGAAAUUUAGCGGCUCCAUCACUUCCACCAACAACAAAUACGGGAUCGAGUAAUCAGGAGAGUGAAUCGCGAAGGUCAAGUUUAAGGGGAUCCCUUAGCCGAGCAUUUGGAUUAAUGAAAGGUGAUCGAGAUAAACAGUCGCCAACAUCUAGUUCAGAGACAUCAUCAAUUGUAAGUCGUAUUAGUCCACCACCAUCAUAUCCAUAUAGUCGAGGAUAUGCACAUUCAGCUGGUGAAUCACCAAUUUACGCAACACCCUUCAAUAUACGUCAUUCUGGUGGUUUUAUAAACAAUUUAAUAUCAGAGAAUGACGAUGAAAUAUAUGAAACAAAUCAUUACCAAAAAAUUGGUACAAAUAAAGACUUUUUAGAUAAUAUUAUUGAUACACCAACGAAAACAAACACGACCACUGUCUCAACAGAAAAUUGUUGUUAUGCUAGUCCCAAAAUUGAGAAAUCAUCAUUUAAAAAUAAUUUUUUAGCAAAUAGUUUGCAUCGUGGUAAGAAAAAUCAUCGACGAGUGAAAAGUAUUGGUGAUAUUGAUAGUAUUACUGCUGUAUCGUCUCCAGUUUAAAAAUAUCUCCUUUAUAAUAUUUAAGUUUAAAAUACAGCUGCUCAAUUAAAUACAGACGAAUGGGCCCCUAACAUUAUGUCUCAUUUCGCUGACGAGCUUGCGUCUGCCACAGUGGUUUUCUUGGACUGUCCAAUUGGACUAUAUUUUUUAUUCCAGUUCAUUAUCUGAAAGUCUGACGCAAAAUAUCCUCGGAUAUGGGCACUGGUUUACUUUUUUUCUUGACUUUAAAAUCUGUUGAUAGCAAUUGUUCUGCCAAUUUGAGUUCUUAAUAAGAAUUAUCAUCACAGGCAUAAAGUGAAAACUUAUUACACGUAAGAAUUGCUCGGCAUUUAUUACAAUGCUGGUAUGGUAU